AUAUAUGUACAUAUUAUUUCUCCCCAUUUAUUUUCUCAUCUUUCUCUCUCUCACAUUCCCUUCUUGACCUCCUCUCUGAACAAGUCUCAAGAGCCUUAGCUACACUCUUCCUCUAUUGCCAUGAAUGAGUAUAGGCAAGACAAACCAUGUUGUUAUUUUCAUCCAAAAGAGGUGAUUAUAGGGGUGUGUCCCUUGUGCUUGAAUGAGAAGCUUCUUAUCUUGGCUGCAAAACAAGGUCACCGCUCCCAACCUCUUCAUCAGAGUCACAGCAGUAAUAGUAGUAGUGUCAAACACAGGAAGCUCCCCAAGAUUUUUGAUUUUGGUUCCCUUCUCAAUCGCAAGCAAUUUGAUAACUCUCAUAGUGUUGCUUCCACUAGUCCAGAAGAUUCAUUUAUAUCAAUCAAGUUUGGAGAGAAUGGGGCAGCUUCAUGGGAGAAGAGCACAGUGUCCAGGGUCUCUCUAGACCACUGUAACAUCUCCUCAUGGAACCACAGCUUGAGCAAGGAGAACACCACCAAGAAGAGUGUGAGUGUAGUAGUAGAGCAUGCAAAACCACCACAAGGGGGAGAGCUGAGGUGGCGAAAGCGGAUUGGGCACCUGUUCCAGCUCAGCAGAUGGAAGAGGUCCAGCAAAGCGAGUGUGUGCCACGUGGGCAGCAAGCUGGAGGGUGUGAAGGUGACAAGUGGAUGGAUAAGGACCCUCACAACAACAAAGAGGACCAAGGAAUAAAGAGAAGGUUAUAUAGAAACAGACACUUCAGCUUUUCUCAUUUUUACCAUCUCUCUCUCUGUCUCUCUCUCUCUCUCCAUUUUGAGUGUUUGUUUGGCUUCAAUGUGAAAAAUGUAAAGUCAUGAUACAUUAUUGAUAUAUGGUAAAGUGAAAUCACUUUUAAAAUGUGCUUUUGACAAAUAGCCAGGCUAUGUUAGUAGGUAAUUGAUUCAUUAAAAUAACAAUAGCACAAAGCUAGUUUAGGUGUUCACACUAGGAAACACAUAAAGCCCAUAAGUGCCCAUGGUUGUCUUCUUUCUUUUUUUCCUUCUUUUUUCACUAGUUAGAGCAUUUCAAUGGUUGUUGUUAUUUUG